AUGGCGCCUGCUACCUUCUCCGACCUGCCACCUGAGAUGGUCAGCAAUGUGUUCGCUUUCGUGCGACAGCAGGCUGACCAGGGCGCGAUCUGCCUUGUCAGUCGCGUGUGGAGAGACUUGAUGGCACCUAUGAUGUGGGAGAAGCUCAAGAUGAACUUGAGCACCGCAUCUCCUCGCUCCAUCGCAACCUUGCUACAUCCAUGCUCAGAUAUUUUGAGCCAUGUUAGGGACUUGAAUAUCUAUGGAACAAAAGAGGGAGAGGACUACUUGAGGCUAGUCAUCGCAGCAAUUCCUCGAGAUAGGGUUCGUACUUUCUGGACCCAUUUCAGCCCGGAAACCCUAACAUUGCACCUCCUACUUUUGUCUCAGCGCAAGAUUGAAGAUUUGGCCAUCUUCAGGUGCUUCAUCACUUCUGGCCAUCCCAGACCAUCUGAUCUCGACUCUGAAGAGCAUCAUGAAUGGAUGGGCUCAUCAUUGCCUGAAGUCUCAUCGAUACAUCUGGGAAUAGGACCAAACGAAGCCUCAGAUGAGGACGCUUUCUACGACAUGAAAUUCGUCUCUCGCUGUUGUCCGAAGAUGACAUGUCUUUCGCUGUUCAAAAACCUCGGUCCAGCAUCUGAAGGGUUUUUGCACUCUGUGUCCUCGGUGUUCAAGUUCAGUCUUGCAGAAGAGGCUCCACUGUUCCAGAAUCUCACAUGUCUACGACUCUUUGACCUGGAUAUUGCAACUCCAGAAGACCAACCGCUAUGCAAGAACUUCAAUUUAUCGAAGCUACGGAGUCUUCAGAUAAAAGAGUGCGACUACCUCAUUCCUUUCUUAGAGGGCUUAUCUUCAUUCUAUAUCGACUGUACAGGUCAAUUGGACGAGCUCAUAAUCCUCCUUCCUGAAGGCCUAGAUCAGCCGCUGGAAACCAUUCAAGCCAUGGAAAGACUACUCAAGAAUUGCCCCAAACUUCAGAGUCUCGAUAUGGACUUCGAAGGGUACGGGCCGAUUGCCAAAGAUUGCAUCUUGGCUCACUGUCAGACGCUCAUCUCGCUUCAGAUAAGCUUUGGAACUGUGGUCUCCAAAACUACGACUAUACAGGCUUUCCGAAUUUUCACUGUAACUAAGCACGAAUUCUGGGAUGCCGCCGAUGACGAAGAUUUACUCUUAAUGCGGCAUAGGACUCUCCAUCAGGUAGUGAUGCAGAACCUUGCCAACCAAAUUAUGCGAUUUAUGGCUAAGCAAGGAUCCAAUCUAAAGAUUCUUAGCUUCAAACCUGUUGAAGUCGACGAGGAAUUCCUAGGUCAAAAGCUAGUCAGGGAUGGAAAUGGCCACCGAUGGCCGGAAUAUCAUUACUGCCGUGGCCAUGCGACCGACAUUACAGGCACAAAUGUCGUGAUUGCGCAUCCUUCGAGGAACAUAGCACUGGAGUUCCCAGGUCUUGCAGAGUUCUUCGAUUAA